AUGUACUGUUUUGGUGCCUUGGCUCUUCUGAAUGUCGUCUUCGUCCACCUGACCAACAGCAAACCUGUGGAUGUUAGGAGCGGGUUACUCACCGCAGCAAACUCUCCCGAACACUCUGGUGACCUUGGGAAUAUGGAUGAAGAGGUCCCUUUCGACUUUCAGGCUUUCCUGGAGAAUCUGAAAGCUGAUUUCCUGAGGAACUUGAACUUAUCAGAGAUACCUUCACAGGAGAUGAAAGAGGAGCCACCCCAAUUCAUGAUUGAUUUGUACAAUCGAUAUACCAAGGACAAGUCUUCCAGCCCCAUAUCCAACAUUGUCCGUAGCUUCAGUCCUGAAGGUAUGAGGGUUUUCUUCCACAAUGUGUGGGCUUGGUUUUCCCAGUGGGUAGGAAUCCUACAAUGGAAUCCUUUGUGUGCCUACUCAAAAGUAAGUCCUAUUAAGUUCAAUGGAUCUUACACAAAGUGUUUAUGAAAUUGCAGCUGUAGUUACUUGCUCUAUCAGCAAGCCUGAUCAUUCUUCACAUUCCCUUAUAUAAUAUGAAAGAUGUCGUUUUCUUUUUAAAUCAAUAAGAAAUCAGAUACCAGCAAUAAACUGAUAAUGUAAUUUAGGGCUUGUUUGUCAAAACAUCUCUGGCACUCUGCCCCUGCCAACUGAACAGCCAGCCAACCCUUCUGAGUUUAUUCCUGAUGUCAAUUGUCUCCCCAGUGAAGGUUCCUGUUUCUGGCAGUGCCCAAACCACGAUACUUCAAUAGGGUUUUAAAAUUAGCUCUGGUUUUCAAGAAAUUCGGAUUGCCACACAUUCCGAAUUUCAGCCGGGCUGUAAUGUCCGGGGAAAUUCCAUGUCGAAGAGCAGAUAUUUUUGAGAUUUUGCAGGGGGGGGGGCAUAUUUUGGGGAAAACUCAAAAACUCAACAGUGUUGCACUCCCCCCAAUAAAAGCUCAGCAACUUUGCCAAAAACCAUUUUGCUCAAUAACGUUUGUGUCCAGAUUUUCAAUUAUUGAAAUAUGACAGCCCUAUUAAAAAAAACAACAACAACCCCAUUCUGAGCUUUGAGCCCAUCUUCAUUUGCUAUGCUUCAAGGGAGACCCGAAAAUGCUUUCCUCUUUGCACCAAUGUGAAGACACCUUAGGGUGCUUUUUUAAAAAGUGAAACUAAUUAAAAGAAUGGUAAUUAGGACCACAUUUCAGGAACAAUUGUAGGUGCCAGUUCCUGGGGGCCAAGGCACUUUGCCCCCCUCCCCAGUUUUUUUUUGUUUUUGUUUUUUUGAGGGCCUCCUCAAUGUUCAGAGGAUGUUCAGCUCCACUCCCUGACUCCUUGCAUGCGAUGUCAGCACAUCGCGUUGGGUCCCCUCAACUGCCCUGAGAAGCUGGCGCCCCUGGGAACGCUACCAGGAAUAGAAUUCAGAUAGCAAAAUAAUUAUGAUUGUUAAGGUUAUUGGUUUGUUUUGGUUCUGGUUAUGUAUUUUUUGUUUGCUCUCGUUUUGCAUUACAGUGGUACCUCGGGUUACAUACGCUUCAGGUUACAUACGCUUCAGGUUACAGACUCCUCUAACCCAGAAAUAGUGCUUCAGGUUAAGAAAUUUGUUUCAGGAUGAGAACAGAAAUCGUGCUUCAGCAGCACGGCAGCAGCAGCAGGAGGCCCCAUUAGCUAAAGUGGUGCUUCAGGUUAAGAACAGUUUCAGGUUAAGAACGGACCUCCGGAACGAAUUAAGUACUUAGCCCGAGGUACCACUGUAUUAUGUUGUGAACCGCCCUGGGAUCUUCAGAUGAAGGGCAGUAUAUAAAUUUAAAAUAAUAAUAAUAAUAAUAAUAAUAAUAAUAAUAAUAAUGAGAUAAAAUGUGCUCAGCAAUUCUAUUCGCUUAUGACCUUUACAAAGAGGAGCUCCAAAAGGGACAGAAAGUUAAGUGGAAACUCUCUCUUCCCCCGCCCCCCAAAGUGCAUGCCAGAAUUAAUCCCCUUAUCCCUUGCCAUGUCGUGGUGCAGUCCUCAUAGAAGGCCAUUAGGUAAAGGUAAAGGACCCCUGGACAGUCAAGUCCAGUCAAAGGCGACUGUGGGGUUGCAGCGCUCAUCUCGCUUUCAGGCCGAGGGAGCCGGCGUUUGUCCACAGACAGCUUUUCCGGGUCAUGUGGCCAGCAUGACUAAACAGCUUCUGGCGCAACGGCACACUGUGACAGAAACCAGAGCACAAGGAAACGCCAUUUGCCUUCCCACCGCAGCAGUACCUAUUUAUCUACUUGCACUGGUGUGCUUUCGAACUGCUAGGUUGGAAGGAGCAGGGACAGAGCAACGGGAGCUCACCCCGUUGUGGGGAUUCAAACCACCAACCUUCUGAUUAGCAAGCCCAAGAGGCUCAGUGGUUUAGACCACAGCGCCACCAGCGUCCCACAAGGAGGCCAUUACUAGGUAAAUGGAAGGAGGAGCAGAGAAAUCAACCUGUGAUUUCUUGGGCUUUAUCCAGUUUGGCUGCUGAGUGUGCAUGUGUUUGAUUUGUGUCACAGUGAAGUCCUUCGCUGCUUGUUUAUGGGCAGAUAGCUGGCCAAUAAGCUACGAAAUGCUAGUGGCAAGGAUAUAUAAUUGGUUAUGUAGUGCCUGAAACUGAUCCAUGCUUUAAAUCGGCGUGAGACCUUUAUGUAUAAACUGGGAUCAGGGCUGGCCUUACCAUUAGACAGGGUGGGACAUUGGUCUCAGGCGGCAGAUGUUGGAGAGCAGUGACAGUAGCCCUCAGCUGUUCCUCUUGAACCCCCAAGGUGUUCCUCACUGUUGCGGAACACCACUUCGUAUGUUGCAUGGCUUCUUCUGGUUCUCUCCCCCCACCAAAAAAAAAAUCACCCUUCUGCCUCAAGCACAAUGGAGGGUGCCAUUGCUAGUACCGCUGGUGAUUCUGCUGCCAGCCCAAUUAACAGGCAAUCAAAUGUUUUGGGAAAAGCCUGGGCUUUUUUCAUUGACACCCUCCCCACUUUCAGGGCAGGUAAGGGGGGCCCAUUCAUCCUGAGAGAAAUACAACAAGCCCAUAACCUCCAACAGUUCUCUGAUGAAAAUGUUGUUGUUGUUGUUGUUUAGUCGUUUAGUGGUGUCUGACUCUUCGUGACCCCAUGGACCAGAGCACGCCAGGCACUUCUGUCUUCCACUGCCUCCCGCAGUUUGGUCAAACUCAUGCUGGUACCUUCGAGAACGCUAUCCAACCAUCUCGUCCUCUGUCACCCCUUCUCCUUGUGCCCUCCAUCUUUCCCAACAUCAGGGUCUUUUCCAGGGAGUCUUCUCUUCUCAUGAGGUGGCCAAAGUAUUGGAGCCUCAGCUUCAGGAUCUGUCCUUCCAGUGAGCACUCAGGGCUGAUUUCCUUCAGAAUGGAGAGGUUUGAUCUUCUUGCAGUCCAUGGGACUCUCAAGAGUCUCCUCCAGCACUGAUGAAAAUAGGGACAUCCUAUUCAAUCGUGGUAGGGGUGAUGGUGAUAUUAUGAUAUUUAUACCCCAUCCAUCUGACUGAGUUGCCCCAGCCACUCUGGGCAGCUUCCAACAUACAGUGGACCCUCCAAAUAUGAAUUAAAUUCAUUCCGGGGGUCCGUCCGCAUCCUGAAAAGUCUGUAGGCAGAGGUGCUGCUUCUGCCCUUGCCGCGUUCAUAACCUGAAAGUUACAUAACCAGAGUGGUACAUAACUAGAGGGCCCACUGUAUACAAAAACAUAAUAAAACAUUUUUUUAAAAAACUUUCCUAUUCAGGGCUGCCUUCAGGUGCCUUCUAAAGGUUGUAUAAAUACUUAUUUCCUUGGCUCGGGGGCCGCAUAACUCCAUACCUUCCAGCAUUUCUCCAGUGAAAAUAGGGAUGUCCUAAGGAAAAGUGGGACAUUCCAGGAUCAAAUCAGAAACCAGGGCGGCUUCUGUAAAUCCGGGACUUCUGUAAAUAGGGACACUGGGAGGGUCUAGAUCUCUCUCUCUUUGCCAGGCAGUUUUCUUUUAAUGCACUGAAAUCAUUCCACAACAAUAGGAGAUGGAGGCUUUAGAUACUGAACCUCGCUGUCAUAGUAAGUCUGUUAGAAAUAUUAAAAGAACCCCUUAUUUCACCCAUAAAAUGUUGUCUACUGGCUGCAAGCAGAGUAUUUGCUACUGUUUUGAUUUACAUGAGAACUUGUAACACCACCAGCAGCAAGCCAUCAAUUAAGAUGCAGGUCUAAGACCUAUUCCUAAUAAUAAUAGUAAAACAACAACAACAACAACAACAACAACAACAGUGCUUUUUUCUAAAAAAAUGUUUAGGGGCACUUUCAUUUUCCUAUUCAUAUUUUAAUACUGCCCCUCAAUGAGGCCAAACUUAGAUUCACAAAAUGUUUAGGGGUAUGCGUACCCCUGUGUCCCCCCCCAGAAAAAAGCAAUGAUGAUGAUGAUAAUGGUGGUGGUGAUAUUAUAUUAUAUUAUAUUAUUAUAUUAUAUUAUAUUAUAUUAUAUUAUAUUAUAUUAUAUUAUAUUAUAUUAUAUUAUAUUAUAUUAUAUUAUAUUAUAUUAUAUUAUAUUAUAUUAAUUUGUACCCCGCCCAACUGACUGGGUUGCCUACAUUUCAUAUCUCCCACCCCGCAAUAACAGAGAGCUAUGGUAACAAUAGGGAUGCAGGUGGCGCUGUGGGUUAAACCACAGAGCCUAGGGCUUGCCGAUCAGAAGGUCGGCAAUUCGAAUCCCCGCGACAGGGUGAGCUCCCGUUGCUCGGUCCCUGCUCCUGCCAACCUAGCAGUUCAAAAGCACCUCAAAGUGCAAGUAGAUAAAUAGGUACCACUCCGGCGGGAAGGUAAACGGCGUUUCCGUGCGCUGCUCUGGUUCUCCAUAAGCAGCUUAGUCAUGCUGGCCACGUGACCCGGAAGCUGUACGCCGGCUCCCUCAGCCAAUAAAGCAAGAUGAGCGCCGCAACCCCAGAGUCAGCCACGACUGGACCUAAUGGUCAGGGGUCUCUUUACCUUUACCUUAUGGUAACAAUGCCUAUCAAUUUUCUCCCACAGAUAUUGCCUCCGGGGAAAUGGAUCCCUCUCAGAAAUACAUUUUGCUUUUCAACGUCUCCAUCCCAUGGCAUGAAGAAGUCACCAGAGCUGAGCUUCGGAUCCACACUGCUUGUCAGGAGGAAGCAGAGUGUUUCUCUCGCCUUCAAGGAAAUGUGGUCAUCUACGGCAGUCUAGGAGGGGAUCCCUGGGAGAAACCAAAAGAGGCCCAAUCUUUCCUAGUCUCCAAAGAAAUCCACGAAUGCGGCUGGGUGAUGUUUGAUAUGUCUGGCACUGUGAAAAGAUGGGUCAAGGCGGAAAAAGCAAGGACUACCAGCCAGCUACAGAUCACCGUGGAAAGUCAUGUUCAGAGGGAGCCCCCCUGUGGGAAGCCGCGUAUCAGUCUAACACCCGAGUCCAACCGUUUGCCCUUGCUGAUAGUGUUUUCCAACGAUAAUGGCAACAGAAUCAAGGAUAACCACAGGGAACUUCAGGAAAUGAUGGCGCACGAACAGGAGAGUGUGCUUAAGAACGACACUGUUCACAAGCAGAAUGCGUUGCCUGUCAGCGGAUUCCACCGUUCUUCAUCUAGAAGCAAACGCAGCGUUGAAAGCAACCACUGUCGGAGAACAUCUCUUCACGUCAACUUCAAAGAAAUUGGCUGGAAUUGGAUCAUUGCACCCUUGGAUUAUGAGGCGUUUGAGUGCAAAGGGGGCUGCUUCUUUCCUUUGACUGAUAACGUCACCCCGACCAAACACGCUAUCAUCCAGACCUUGGUUCACUACAAGAACCCCAAGAAAGCAGCCAAGGCUUGUUGCGUUCCCACCAAGCUGGAAGCCAUUUCCUUGCUCUACAAUGACGAUGCCGGGACGCCCACUCUGAAAUACCAGUACGAAGGGAUGAAGGUAGCAGAAUGUGGCUGCAGGUAG